ACACCUCUGGCUUCAUGCAGUUUAUUCAUUACUUGAUAUGGCGACAGCGAGCAUGAAACAACAAAAGAGGAGAUCAAGACGAAGAAUAGCCGCUGUUAAUUUUCUGUCAAACAUUUCAUUAGAUGGAACCUACAGGGAUACUAAAUACCCAUUAUUCAAUCCAAAACACCAACGUCUAAAAGAUGAUAUCACGGAAGAAGUGGAAAAUCACAUAAAUAAAUCGAGUGCAGAAGAAAUUUGUGAGGAUGAAAGUGAAUCAAGUUUAGAAGGAACUCGAAAAGUAUCCGCUCUAUCAGCGGUUGAAAAUAAUAUAUCUGACAACAAAUCCGUCCAAAAAAAUGAAAAUGUGAAUAACUUACAGAGAAAUAUUUCCAAAGGAAAAAGGGGAAGUAUUGCAGUCAGCAUUUUUGAGGAGAGGGAGAGAUGGAGAAGAGAUUCCGGAAUUGGAUAUGCUCCCAAAGACAUUCCUGACAAACCAGAAGAGAAAUGUCCGCGACAGGAAGGAAACGUUAUUUUCCGAGGGAAGGACCUUCGACAGAUGAGUACGGAGACACGAAAGCUGCUCGCAAAUGAGAGGUUGAUGAUUGUCUCAAAAAAGAAAAACCCCUUCGUUGUCUCCUCAACCCUGAUGUACAGUCGUAAAUCACAGAUGCGCAGAGACGAGGAAAUCUUUGCCAGGGCCAGGACUGUGUCAGGGUCAGGUUCAAGGUCACUGUCCCAGGAGGGGCUGCUCUACCUGGGUCUCCAUGCCAUAGGGAAGGUGGAGGAGGGGCAGGACAUCUCCUAUGCAGAUUUCCUGGUACCCUCAAAAUCGCACCUUAGGAGGGUCUCGUCAGAGAGGGGGCCAUUGAAUGCCAUGGAAGCAGCCCCCAGCCAUCAAAAUCUUACUGCAGGUCGAGAGCUGACCAGGAGUAGGUCACAUGACCCCAAUCUGCUCCUACACCGACCGUCAAACGCUCCGUCACUGGAGAAAGUUCCAGAGGAGGCCACAACUGAUUGGUACGACCCCAAUGCACUGGACGACCGUGAGCUGCAAUGUGGGAGCUACAAGACUCUGCUGACAUUUUCCUCCUAUGUGACUUCAGUGAUAGACUAUGUGAAACCUUCAACUCUGAAGAAAGAGAUCAAUGAAAAGUUCAGAGAGAAAUACCCAGCCAUUCAACUGACCUUGACCAAGCUCAGAAGCAUUAAGAGGGAGUUAAAAGUGAUAACACACACCAAGUGUGGUUUAGACCUAUGGAUCGUGGCCCAAGCAUAUGUUUAUUUUGAGAAACUGAUAUUAAAGCUGAUGAUUAAUAAGCAGAAUAGGAAGCUAUGUGCUGGAGCCAGUCUGUUAUUGGCUGCCAAACUGAGUGACAUCAAAGGGGCGGAGCUUACAAAGCUCAUCAUGCAAAUAGAGGAGGACUUCCGUCUGCCCAGGAAGGAGCUGUUGGUGUUUGAGUUUGCGUGUCUGGUGGCCCUUGAGUUCUCCCUCCACGUGUCCGACACCGAGGUGUUUCCCCACUACCAGAGACUGCUCUACCAGUCCUGACCCAGUUCUGACCCAUCUCUACGGACACUGGGUCAACACACAAAGUCGACGAGACAGGACAAUGUUCAGUCACCCAUGAAGUCAACGGGACACAACAAGUCAACGAGACUCGACAAUGUUAAGUUGUCUCGCAUGUCGAGACUUAACUUCUUUACUCGUCUCAAAAAGAAAUAGUCAUUAUUUUUUUUUUCUGUAGGAUGUAGGAUAUGACUUAUUAUUAUUGAAUAAGCUUGCCUUACUUUUAAAGUCAGGGUUCUGACUCAAAUUAAACUACCUGAUGAGUCUUAAGUUAGUUUCAAGUCAGAAAGAAAUCAGCUUUCUGUAAAAUCCCAAAUCAUUAACAAAUCUUUUUUCUUAACACAGCUGAUUUCAUUAUAUUUGUUAAAAGCAAUAAUUUAAAGCCCCAAAUUUUCCAGUUUUCAUUGUUUCCUCUUCAAUUUCAAAUAUAUGUUGCCUUCUAUGCAUGUGGAUAUUACAGACAUCUUUGGGUAAAACCAGUGAUAUCAUAAAGUUAAUGGCUGCUAAAUCAUAUUUGUAACCCCUGUUGUUUUCAUCAUUCCAGACUUGAUUUCAGAUUUGUAAUAUACGGUACAUAUGUACAGUAAAAUUUGUCUUAUCUGACAUUUUAUUAACGGUAACUAAUUAAUGGAGAGAAAAAAUGUUAAGUAUAAGGACACCGAUCUUAAAAAGUAAGGAGCAAUAAGGAUGUGUUUCAUUAUAAACAAUGUUCACAAUAUGUGGUUUUCAGAUAAGACAGGUUUAACUGUUAGAACCAGAUUUUUAUCUCUCUCAUAUUCCCCUUCAUGUUUGUUGCAUACUUUGGUUAAAUUCCAGAUAUGAAUGGUCAUUAUUCAUUGAAGUUAACAAAGCUUGUAUAAAUAUGAAUAAUUUUUUGUUUUAUUUAUGAUCAGACGUUUUGUGGAAUAUGUAUUCAUUCAACUUGUUAGCUUUUUGUGGAAGGAAAUUUAAACAGAACGUGAUUUUAUUUAAAUGCAUUGAAAACAAACUUUCAUUGUCCAAGAGUUUAUAUCAGAAUUGAAGAUUUUUUAUGAUAACUAUGUAUACGUUCUUAAUUUGAGAGAUAUUGACAAUUUUACAACUUGGGUUAUGCUUGCAUAUAUUACAUUCCAAGGUUGUAAAAUGAAACACCAAAGUUAGGUUGGAUGUUGUCAGUAGUAUUGAUCUCAUUUGUUUUAAUAGUCAAUAAUGCCAUCCUUAAAAAUUGGUUUGCUUGGAAUUGCCGCCAAGAGGAGGUUUCUAGACCCAGGAGGCAGGGAGAGGAUUUUUUUCUAAAACUUAAAGUUUAACUAAAUCAAAAUUUAUAAAAAAUAAAAAUCUCAACAUAAAAAAAACUUUUUGUUUUCU